AUGUUGGCGUCCGAAAGUGACUUUGGGUGCUUUGCAGUCGUUCUGGUCGAUGGGACCGCAGUGUCGUCACUUUUGGAGAUGAUCGAUCCGAAGGACAAUGAUUGGAGGGAAAAUGUAUUCGAUUCAUUGUUUCCGAGAAGGCAUUUGUCGGAUACCCCUCUUGAAAGCAGUUGGAGUACUGAGUUUAUAAUUGCCAAUCCAUUUGAGAUAUUACAUGAAAAAUUGAGUUGUGCCGCGUGUUUUGCUUUAGUUGAUUUGAUUGCUUCUGUACUCAGGCUGGAUUUUUGUGAAGAUAACGACAAUUUGAGUGAUAUGGAAUUUUGUUCUACGGCGUUAGAAAAAGUCUUGAAAUAUGCAGCAUUACCGGAACGAACAAAUGCAACCGUUCGCCAUCAUCUCAUAGGCGAAGGUGCGACAGAUGAUAUUGCAACAUUCGUUACUCUUGUGAAAAAUGAUCCAUUUGUUUUACAAAAAGGAGUUUCGUGUAUUCCAGCAUGUCUCUUGUCCAUUUUCAUUGAAUGUGGCAGUUACGAUUGUCGUUACCGUGUUUUGCUACACCAUGUCUGCUCUCUUUUGGCCUUUCGGUGGGACGAAUUUGAAAAUAUGGAAGAUACACUGGUUGAUACAAUAACUAGACAACGAUACAGUGAGAGCGACGAACAAAAAGUGGCUAGAGCUCGAGCCAUUAAACUGAAAAGAUUAAAACGUUUUGCUAUGAUUGGAGCAGCGAGCAGUGUUGGUGGUGUUCUAAUUGGAGUUACGGGUGGUUUAGCAGCACCAUUUGUUGCAACUGGUGCAGGAGUUGUAAUUGGCUCGUGUGCAGCAGCAGGUAUUGGGACAACAGCGGGAGUAGCUGUUCUUGGAUCAUUAUUUGGUGUAGCUGGUGCAGGGUUAACAGGUUAUAAAAUGAAAAAACGAAUAGGUGCAGUCGAAGAAUUCGUUAUCCAACCAAUAAGUGAAGGACAAAGUUUACAUUGCGUUUUAGCAAUUAGUGGAUGGAUUAAUGAUCAAGGAGUAGAUGCAUUUCAUCAGCAGUGGAGACAUUUAUGGUUGUCUCGUGAGCAGUAUAUUUUACGUUAUGAGAGUAAAUAUUUGGCACAGUUAGGACAAGCAAUUGAUUAUUUGAUGUCUUUUGCAGUAUCAGUUGCAGUUCAGCACACUCUUUUAGAAACUUCACUUGCUGAUAAGGUACAGGAUAUUUUAGGCUUAGUUUCUGCUGUUGCUUGGCCAGUGGCUCUUUUAUCAGCAUCUAGUGUAAUCGACAACCCAUGGAAUGUUUGCAUAAGGCGGGCAAAAGAGGUUGGUGAACAUUUAGCUGAAGUUCUACUAAGUCGUGCGCAUGGCAAUCGUCCUAUUACACUAAUAGGAUUUUCUCUUGGAGCACGUGUAAUUUUCCAUUGCUUGAUGACUAUGAGUGGAAGGUCUUCAAAUUGUGGUAUAUAUAAAAGGAUAAUUAACGAUGUCAUACUUCUUGGAGCACCAGUAUCGGCUUCACCAAUACAAUGGCACCAAAUGAGUCAAGUAGUCGGUGGACGUGUUAUAAAUGGCUAUUGUACCAGUGAUUGGUUGCUAAGAUUUAUCUAUCGCACUAUGAAUGCCCAGUUUACUGUAGCUGGUACAGGUCCUGUAGAAUGCAAGCAAGGAAAAAAAAUUGCUAACUUCAAUCUUUCACACAUAGUCAAUUUUUUGAAUAAUAUAAUUUUUCUACUUUCUCAGGUAAAAGGUCAUCUCGAUUAUUCUUACAAACUAACUGAAGUAUUGGCAGCAGUUGGUGUCAAAGUUACUCCUUAUUGUGAAGAAUCUAAUAUUAAUAUGGAGGAAAGCGUGCAAAAUUCAAACGAUGAAAGCACCAAUAUUAGCAUUGAAAAAGAACGAUUUCCGAACAACUUGAGUAGUAUUCAGGAAACAAAGUCUGCAUCGAAUAAGACAGGUUAUGCUGAAGCUGUCACUGAUAUUCCUGAAACUUUGUAA